AUGGAAGAGUACGCCCCGCAACUCACCCCGGUCGGAGAAAAGACCCUUCCGGCGAAAUGUAACCCCAGUACCCUGGCGUACUGUCCUUCCAUGGACCUGAUCGCCCUGGCCACUGAUGAUGAUGAGCUACGUGUAUUCCGACUUAAUGGCCAACGAGUUUUUGGGGGUUCGUUCAAGGGCGAUCCAUACCUCGGCGAAGACGAGGAGGACGGAGAAGUGAGGGCGUUAGCGUGGAAGGGAAAUGGUCGACUCCUCGCGGUCGCCUGCGGAGACGGGUCUGUUCGCAUCAUUAGUGCAUACAGCGGCAAGACUGUCCACCACUACCAGGCCUAUGAGGAAAAAAAGGAAGAUGACCCUGCUUCUGAUCAAAAUAACUCUCCGAAGGUGACAUGUUUGGGCUGGGGCAUCAACUUUACAGACAGCAAAGCCGCCCAGAAGCACCUGGAAGGCGCCGCGGGCCAAAUUUCUGUGGACGACCUCCUAACGCCCGGGGUCCAUCCAUCGAAGGCCGCCGCGAUUCUCAAGGCAGACCUCCCACGAGAACUAGCGCUGCUUGAUAUCGAAAGCUCUCUGCCCAAGCUGAGUACUGUAGCCGCGACGGGUGCCGAGGACGACUUAUUUAGCUCACGUGCAUCUAUCGAUGCUAUCUUCCAUUCAUCAGUCAAGGAUAAUAGCGACUCGGUCGACGUGCUUUUUGUCGGGUUUGACGAUGGCAGCGUCCACCUUCGCAUUUUUGACUGCUUUGAGAUCGGCUCAUUUCCAAUUGGAGAAUCAGCGGGUGUUGCUGGAUCGUGCCAAAUUAUCCGUCAUGCGUCACAUCCUCUAAGUUCAACACACGCCUUACUCGCAUCCCCUGCCAAAGGCCAAACCCGUGAGCCUCUCAAUCUCGUUACCUUGGAUCUUCGGUUUAUCACCAAGUCCGGGCGCUACCUGUCACUACUUGCGUCAAAGACCACACAGCUUCAGAAUUUGUUGCGGUAUAUUGGCCAAGUUCAAAAGCAGAUCGAGCUCGAAUGGAAAAAUGCACAAGAGACACCAGCACGGUUUCUGCGAAGUAUCAACCAAGACUUGCAAGAACAGUGUCAAUGUGAUUUCACCACGGCUAUAUACCAUCUUGUCGUCACUGGUCACUGCUUUGAACCGAUGAAGGAGUUCCUGGUGGAUAUUGUUGGAGAAAGAGGGCAAAAGCGAUGGGACAAAGCUGUCUCAGCCGGCUACGAAAGCAUUCGACGAUUGACCCAUGAGUGCCUGCUUCCAGCGCUUGAACGGAGUCAAGUCCUUCUCAGCCGGCUUGUUGGACUGUCUAAAUUCCACAAGCUCACCGACGUUCUUGGUCUAGAUACCUCGAAACUCAAUGCCAUUGUUGAGACGCUCGACUGUCUGCACCUGCUCGCUCACCGCAUUAUCAAUCACGCCAGUGAGGAGCUAGAUCAGUUCUCUGCCUUCUCGCGCUGGCUCCGCCACGAGAUCUUGAUACUGAGCAGUGAACCCCUGUCGCAAACAUGGGAUGAGCUCCUCGAGAAACGGGAUCUUUUCGACGUCCCUCCAACCGUGAAAUACAUAACUGGUGCACUGCGCAAGAGUGUCUUGCGUAAUUUCAUCCGUCAACUUCCCAUGAUUGGAGUGCCGCACGUGCCUACCCCUGUCACGGACAAGUGGCUGCCAGAUGGUCAUGAUCGAUCCUUUUAUGACACCUUCAAGGCAUUGCUGAAACAGCAGAAGCAGGUCCAGGCAGAGGGCGGUGAUGGAACUUCUGUGGAUGCGCCAAAACUAAAUGACUUGACACGACGACUGGGACUUCAAUUUGAGAAAGUGUUCGCGGAGAUCGCACUGACGCAGAGACGGGGGAUUCUGCAUCGGUCUCCGAUUAAGCUGCAUAUGGAUUGUGAUCAGAAUGUCCUGGAUCUGAAAAUUUGCUACGAGGACUUGGUAAAGGGACGGCCUUGCACUGUCUACGUGGCUGCGAGAUCAGCCAGCACGAAGUCACUAGUUUACAUCUACCGUAUCGUUCUUGAUUCCGUCAACGGAGUCAGCUCGACUCGGCAGGCGUCUAUUGCCGCCCUUUCCUUCAAGGAGGGGGUCAUUCGCCAGCUGCAAUUUGUCGAGGAUGACACUCUCGUGCUUCUCUACGCCGACAGCGAAGCUUCCUAUCUUCUGAAUCUUCCUUUCCAGCCCGCCUCAGUUCUAGAUUUGGCUGACGAGGUCGAACCUCUCGCGGUACCAUUGAACUACAUUGACAACAACCCUCAACCCACUACAGCGAAGCCAGCCGUUCAGCCCACACCGCUGGACAUCGCAUCACUCUUGAGAGAGACAGAUAUCGUCAUACAUACCUUCGCGCCAUCGGGCCCGAAGUCUCACCCAGUGCACAUUGACGUCAAUGGGCGACAGGGUCGUCGGGCCAUCUGCGUGUUGUACGGCGACGCGAUGCGGUAUGAAGUGUUGGACUUGGAUGCGGAGUUGGAAGAGGAGGAAGAACAUGAGGAAGAGGAGGAAGAAGAUGAUGAUGAUGAGGGUGAAAAUCUUGAUUAUGAUUAG